AUGGAGGAUUUCAUUCUUUCCAUCAUAGCAAAGAUUGCAGAAUAUGCAGUGGCUCCAAUUUUACAUCAUGCUAAAUACUUGUGCUGUUUCAACAACUUUGCUGGGAGUCUUCAAAAUGCCAAAAGAGAAUUGGAAUUGACCCGAGACAGUGUGAAUGAACAUGUAAAAGAAGCCAUUAAUAGGAAUGAAAAAAUUGAACCAACUGUUGAGAAGUGGCGAAAAGAAGUGGAGAAUGUCUUAGAAGAAGUGCAGAAGCUGGAAGUAAGAAUUUAUGAAGCAAACAAGAGCUAUUUCAGAAGGCAAUGCCAAUAUUUUCUUGUAAAAGAAAUAGCAAGAACAACAGAAAAAAUGACUCAACUCAAUCAUAACAGCAAAUUUGAGCCAUUUUCUAGGCUCACUGAACUUCCAGGCAUGAUGUACUACUCUUCAAAAAAAUUUAUUCUUUUCAAAUCUACUGAAUCAGCAUACAAAAAGCUUUUGGAAACAUUAAGAGAUAAUGAUUCUUGGAUGAUUGGACUACAUGGAAUAGGAGGCUCAGGAAAAACUACUUUGGUGAAAGAGGUAGGUAAGAAAGCUGAGGAGUUAAAUCUUUUUGAGAAGGUUGUCAUGGUAACAGUCUCCCAAACUCCAAAUAUCAGAAGCAUCCAAGCUCAAAUUACUGAUCAGUUGGGUUUCAAAUUAGAGGAAGAAUCAGAUUUAGGUAGAGCACAAAGACUAUCACAGAGAUUAAGGAAAGGUACAACUCUUCUAAUCAUGGAUGAUGUAUGGGAAAAGGUAGACUUUGAAGCUUUAGGAAUUCCAUUCAAUGAAAAUAGAAAUGGUUGUAGAGUACUUCUAACAACUCGGAGUACAGAAGUAUGCACUUCUAUGCAAUGCCAAAGUAUAAUUGAGCUCAGUCUCUUAACUGAUGGAGAAGCUUGGAAUUUGUUCAAAUUGUAUGCAAGCAUAGAUGAUGACUCCCCAAAUGCUUUGAAAGUUGUGGCAAGAAAAAUUGUUAAUGAAUGUAAGGGAUUGCCUAUUGCGAUUGUGACAGUGGGAAGCAUGCUAAGGGGAAAAACUUUUGAAGUGUGGGAGUCAGCAUUGUCAAGACUAGAAGAUUCCAGACCACUGGAUAUUCCAAAAGGCUUAAUAAAUCCUUAUGUAAGUCUUCAAUUAAGUUAUGAUAAUUUGACAAAUCAAUUAGCCAAGUCCUUGUUCUUGUUGUGUUCUAUAUUUCCUGAGGAUCAUGAAAUUGAUUUGGAAGAUUUAUUUCGAUUUGGAAGGGGAUUGGGGCUAACUGAGAAAUUUCGAACAAUGGAGAAAGCAAGGAGGGAGAUGCAUCUAGCUGUUAACGUGCUUAUGGAUUCUUGCUUGUUGCUUCAUGCCAAUAAAAAAGAAAGGGUGAAAAUGCAUGACAUGGUUCGUGAUGUGGCCUUGUGGAUAGCAUCAGAAAGGGAUCAAGCAAUUUUGGCAAGUAAUGUAAUGGAUCCAAGAACCAUGGUAGAGGAUGAAACAAUAAAAGAUAAGAGGGCAAUAUCCUUGUGGGAAUUGAAAAAUGGACAGCUUCUUGAUGAUCAAUUGAAUUGUUCAACACUUGAAGUUCUCCUGCUUCAUUCACCAAAUGUUAGCUUUAAAGUAUCGAAUGUGUGUCUUGAAGGGAUGAAAAUUCUUAAAGUCCUUGCAUUCUUAACAUUCGGUUAUAAGUGGAAUGUAUAUAUACCAAGAAUAACAAAUACAUCAACACUUACUGUGUCACUGCCACAGUCAAUUGAGUCAUUAAAAAAUCUUAAAACUUUGUGCUUGAGAGGUUAUAAAUUAGGCGAUUUCUCAAUUUUGGAAAGCCUACAAGGACUUGAGAUUCUUGACUUGCGUGGUUCUUCUUUUGAAGAAUUGCCUAAUGGAAUUGUAGCAUUAAAAAAACUGAAGCUUCUGGAUUUGUUCAAUUGCUGGAUUGAGAAAAAUAAUACUUUUGAGGUAAUAGCAAGGUGUUUGCAGCUAGAGGAACUAUAUUUGUAUUUAUGGAAGUUUGAAGGGAACUUGCCACAUAAUGUCUCUUUCUCAAGAUUGCGGAGGUAUGCUAUAUUGCAAGGCAAGAUCAACAUUGAUUAUUAUGAAAAAUUUUCUGACAUGCAGAUUAACAUUUUGGAAAACCAUAGACCGUCUAGAGCUUUAUGCAUAGAAGAUUUCAAUGCCUCUGCUCAAAGUUUUAUGUCAUUAUCGAUCAAAGAUCUCUUUGUAAGAGCAGAUGACCUUCAUUUGAUACGCCUUCAAGGAGGCUACAAAAAUUUAAUUCCAACCAUGGAUCAACAAGGUAUGAAUCAAUUGAUUUUUUUAAUACUUGAACAUUGUUCAGAGAUAGAAUGCCUGGUUGAUAGCACUAUCAUUGCCGACACCAAAAAUCCUCAAUUGAACUCACUUCAGACAGCAGCUGUGUUCUCCAGCAUAGUUACCUUAAGGUUGUUCCACAUGCAUGGCCUUCAAGAAGUGUUUCGUGAUCCUGCUUUGCAAUGCUCUCUCAAAAAUUUAGAAGAAUUAAGGAUAGAAAAUUGUAAGCAGUUAUACAGCAUAUCCUUUCCAAGAAACUCAAAGCUAGGCAAUCUUAAAUUCUUGAAAAUAGAAAGGUGCCAAAUGCUAACUUCUCUCUUCAUGCCAUCCAUUGCCCAAACACUAGAGCUGCUAGAGGAACUGAAAAUAUCUAAAUGCAGUAAAUUGAAGCAUUUAAUAGAAGUCGAAGAAGGGAAUGUUGAUCAUGUCAUCAAUCAAAGUCAUCCCACUUCGGUGCUCUCAAAAUUAAGGAUUCUUGAUAUUGAAGGAUGUGAAAGUUUGGAAUAUAUUUUCCCUGUGUUUUUUGCCCGAUGUCUAAGGAGGUUGGAAGAGAUGAGGAUUCACAACAGUGCUGAGCUGAAGUAUGUAUUUGGCACAGAGAAGGAACAUCGUCUUUUAGUGCACCAGAACGACAAUCACCCCAAGACUAAAAUUGAGAUAAAUUUGCCUAAUUUUAGACGUCUCUCACUGAACUUAUUAUUGAAUCUUAUUGACAUUUGGCCUGAAUAUUGCCAUCCAUGUUCACCAAAUGUUAAAACAUUAGAAUUCAACAAAUGUCCAAAAUUGUCUAACUCUUCUGUGAGCAAAAUGGUGAUUGGUUCACAUUUGCAACAAGACACAACUGCAAUGGAGAAGGAAAUACUGUGGGUGGUUGUCACAAACCAAUUGUGUGAUCAAAUGUUUCCCUUGGAUUUAAAAGUUGUCCUUGGCUUUAAAGUACUUAUCUUCACUCAUCUUAGAGCAGAAGGCAUUUUUCAACUCCAAAUCAGAGAACAUGGGAGCAAUAGAGAACAAAGUCCUUUGAACUUAGAUCUAUAUGGUUUCUAUUUGACUAAUCUACCUGAGCUCAAGUUCAUAUGGAAGGGCCCCACAAAAUUUCUAAGCCUCCAAGUGCUUAAAUAUUUUCGUGUGGAUGGAUGUCCAAAAUUGAAAACCAUAUUCUCCCCUACCAUUGUUAGAAGCUUACCCGAGCUGCGAAGUUUAAAAAUAUUGAACUGUGAUGAAUUAGAACAAAUAUUUGAUUCUGGUGAUGCAGAAGAACUCAAAAGCCUAUAUGCUUGUUCCCAACAAGUGUGCUUCCCAAAACUGUGGUAUAUUGAAGUUCAAAAGUGCAAUAAGUUGAAAUGCCUUUUCUAUAAUUUAAUGGCUGGUCAUUUUCCCAGUCUUGACUAUUUGGAAAUAAAAGAGUGCUCUCAAUUAGAGAAGGUUUUUGAUUUUGAACAUGAAGCUGAUGAAGAAGGUCAAGAAGGGACUAAUAAGGAUGGAGAACAACCACUGCUACAGAACCUGAGAUUUAUAAUACUCAAAAGUUUGCUGAAUUUCAAAGACAUUCACCAUGGAUUUAAGUUAAAACAUCAUGUCAAACGGACCAUAGAGAAUUGCCCUAAAUACUCUCCAAGAGCUUAA